GUCUCUAACAUCUCUUACCUCUCUCAAGCUACCAUGUCAGCCACCGACAUCAACCCCCACAUCCUGGUAUUCCCGUACCCAGCUCAGGGCCAUAUGCUCCCUCUUCUCGACCUAACCGACCACCUUGCUCUCCAAGGCCUAACCAUCACCAUCCUAAUCACCCCCAAAAACCUACCUUACCUCUCCUCUCUCCUCUCCGCUUACCCUUCUUCAAUCACUCCUCUCAUCCUCCCUUUCCCUUCUCACCCUUCCAUCCCCCCUGGCAUCGAAAACGUCAAAGACCUUGGCCAUUCCGGUAACCUCCUCAUCAUGACCUCUCUUUCCAAACUUUACGACCCUUUACUCCACUGGUUCAACUCUCACCCCACCCCUCCCGUCGCCAUCAUCUCCGACUUCUUCCUUGGUUGGACCCAACAUCUUGCCCACCAAGUAAAAAUACCCAGACUCACAUUUUUCCCUUCCGGUGCUUUUUUAGCUUCUAUCGAUGAUUAUUUAUGGAACGACGUUGACAAGUUUAAGCCUUUAGACGAGGUUGACCUUUCUUCUUUGCCUGGUUCCCAUGUUUUCAAAGUCGAUCAUUUGCCUUCCUUGUUUCGGUUGUAUCAAAAAUCUGAUCCUGAUUGGGAGCUUGUCAAGGAUGUCAAGCUUGCAAAUUCGAGGAGUUGGGGCUGCGUUUUCAAUUCCUUUGAAGCGUUGGAAGGUGAGUACAUGGAUUACUUGAAGAAGAAAUUGGGUCAUGAUCGGAUUUUUGGGGUUGGCCCGCUUAACUUGGCAGGUCCGGGAUCUUCUGGUCGGGGAUAUUUGGGUUCCGGGUCUAACCCGAAUGACCGGGUACUGACUUGGCUCGAUGGAUGCCAAGAAGGGUCUGUUGUCUACGUUUGUUUUGGGAGUCAAAAGAUGUUGAAAAGAGAGCAAAUGGAAGCAUUGGCUGUUGGGCUUGAAAAGUGUGGUACCCGCUUUAUUUGGGUGGUGAAAACGGGUACGACCCGAGAGCAAGAAGAUGGGUUUGGGGUUGUGCCCGAUGGGUUUGAAGAGCGGGUGGCGGGUCGGGGUGUGGUGAUAACGGAAUGGGCCCCGCAGGUGAUGAUACUAAGCCACAAAGCGGUGGGUGGAUUUCUGAGUCAUUGUGGGUGGAACUCGGUGUUGGAAGGGAUCGUGGGUGGGGUCAUGAUAUUGGCUUGGCCUAUGGAGGCUGACCAGUUUGUGAAUGCAAGGCUCUUGGUUGAGGACAUGGGUGUGGGCGUUAAGGUGUGUGAGGGUGCCGACUCGGUUCCUAACUCGGAUGAGCUUGGUCGCAUCAUUGGUGUGUCGAUGCGUGAGGGGGCUGGAGUGAAGGAGAGGGCUAAAGUGUUGAAGGAAAAGGCAUUGCAAGCUGUGACUAAUGGGGGAAGCUCUGUCAACAAUUUGGUUAGGCUUGUUGGGGAAUUGCGUAAAUUGAUUAGCUAAAUAUGUUAUCGAUCCGAAUCGAUUAGGAACAUGAUAUGAAAA